CUCUCUCUCUCUCUCUUAACCUUCACAUUCAUGGAGACCCCACCUUGAUCUUUUAAGAGUGGAACCAUGAGCAGGAGCCGCCUCUCUUUUAGAGAAGAAAGGCUAUAGAAUCACCUCUUCCUUCCCAUCUCUUUCUCUUUCUCUUUCUCUCUCUCUCUUUCUCUCCCGUCCCCUCUUGAAACCCUAAGAAAACCACAAAAAAGAAAAGAGACCCCCAAACAGAAGACUUGUUCUGCAACCAUCAAUUUCAUGAUCCGUGGGUUGUUUAUUCUCUUCUUUGCGCACACCCUUUUGCUCGAAGACAAAGAAAAAGCGCAGCAAAGGAAAGGAAAGGACUGUCUUCCCUUGCCGAUCAGAGAGCUUUAAAGGCAUAUGGAGUCAUGGAUUCUGGGAAUAGUGGGAGUAUGCAGUCUUCAAGUGGUGGUGACGAAGAGUACGAUUCACGCGCCGAAUCGAUCUCAGCCUUCUUGAACCCACCAGGCCAUGUUGGUCCCAUGCCUAACCCACCACAGCCACCACCACCACCACCUCACCACCACCACCACCACCACACCCACUCCUCAUCUAUGUUCGACCCACUUUCGAACUACUUCGAUCCCUUGUCACGAUCACCAACCCAACUACAAAACCCAAAUUCCCUACUGAAUCUCGACAUGGUCUGGUCCAAAACCCUAAGAUCUGACCCCAAUUGCACCGAGAUCGGUGGGAUACUGGCCUCAUCGUCGUCCACCCCACCUUUUUCCGGCGCCCAAGGACAAAUCCGUGCCACCUUUCCGAGUUCGUUACCGUCGAUGCCGUUUCCUCCAGCUCCGGAAAAUGCUGCUCGAGCUACAGCUUCAGCUUCAAAUGAUCAAACCAACGUAGCACGUAACCCCAAGAAACGAUCAAGAGCUUCCCGGCGUGCACCUACUACUGUGCUCACCACAGACACCACCAAUUUCCGGGCCAUGGUUCAGGAGUUCACUGGGAUUCCUGCUCAACCCUUCACAUCUUCGCCUUUCCCAAGAAGCAGGCUUGAUCUGUUUGGUACAGCUUCUACUAUGAGAUCAGGCCAUUUGGAUCAUGCACCACCUUCAUACCUUUUGAGACCCUUUGCUCAAAAACUUCAGCCACCCCCAUUUGCUUCUCCCCGUCCCUCUUCAUCUUCUUCAUUCUCUUCCUCUUCCAUGGUUGAUGCUAUAGCUUCUACUACUAACAUCACUUCUGGUUCAGCUAGCAAUACUUCUUCUAAUUCAACUUCCAUUAACUACCAACUACCUUCAGAUUUAGGCCUUGUGAAGCAGCCCCAGAAUCUACUGAACAUGAACGUGCAGAACCCAAUUCUCUCAAUCCAGUCUUUCCUUCAGACCCCACUUAAAUACCCACAUCCCAAUUCAGCCAUUAUGGGCUCAAAACCACAAGGCUCUCUGGAAAUUCCAUCAACAGAUUCACAUAUCAAAAUGGGUGGUUUGGAGGACUUUGGUUUGAGCCAUGGCCAUGUGAAUACACACCUCAGUGGCCUCCCCAACUUGGUAUCAUCGGAUCGAACAGCGUCGAGAAGCGAUAAUAAUCCUCCCAGCUGGAACGACGGAUUGGGAUCAAGUGGUGGAGAUCAUGGCCAGUUGGGGCCUCUCAAUGGGAAUUAUAAUAAUUCGCAGCGGGUCACUAAUGGCAAAAUGAACUACUCGGCUUCCUCAUCGGAUUUUCACGGCGACAAGGUGCCGGAGAAUGUUUCUACAAGAAGUGAAGGUAUGGUGGAAUCGUGGAUUUGUUCUUCAGAUUAGGAGUCUUCAUUGACAGGGAAAAAGAAAAAAGAAAGGAAAAAAAAAAAACUACAAAGGAAAUGAUGGUGAUUCUGAUGAAUACAUGAAAGAGAAGUUUGUUUUCUCCAUCUGAGAUUCUUAACCAUGACUUCGGACGACACUGAAACACUGUUUUUUUCCCCUUAGUUAUAUGUAAAUAAUAGUCCUUUUUUUCUUCAUUUCCAUACAUUUCUCAAUCACACAUCCAUAUACAAAACGACCGCGGACCUUUCAAUAUUCGUUUUUCAAUAGUGAAAUGCUGUUAGUUUCUUAUGAUAUGUGCUUGUGUUCAUGGC